AUGAUGGCUGCACGAGUUUUUCUAUUGUGCUUCGCCACUGCAAGUGCUGCUGAGACGUGGCACCUUGUAGAUCUCGCGCAAGUGGUCUGCCCGACGCCAGUGAGCAGCAACCCAAAUGCACCACCCUACCCCGAGUACAAUCUGGGCAUCAACUACACAAGUUCCAUGCAAGUCGAUGCUCCCCACAUCGUGAGCUUCAUCCGCGCAAGCCAACAGGCAGUGACCAUCACCUUCAGCAUUGAGGAUGCCAACGGACAACAGGUUGUCCCAGAGACCACAGUCAAUCUGCAGGAGUUGAGUGAUGCUGUGCCCAGCACCUGCAAGUGUACCAUGCCAACUCUCCCAGCAGAGGUGGAAGCCACUUAUGGUCAGAAUUACGGCGCUCAAUGUCAAGCCUGGGACAACGCGAACUGCGGUGAGCUCUGGGGCAACGUCUCCUUGGGCUCCUGGUGCUGUCGACCCUGGUGCUAUGCCACCAGCGACUGUCCAGAUGCAUAUUCGAGCCAGGCUCUUCCCGGGCAAUUCUUCAGCUAUGCGGCCUGCAACUCUUUUUCACCAGUGUCUCCAUGCACAUGGACUGAGAUUGCAGAGAAGAAUGAUCCAUGCAAGUGCAAGAAUGCUGGCAGCAUCUUCAAUGCUGCAAUGUUGGAGAAAUUCCCAGCCAGCUAUGGCUCCACAUGUGGCACUUGGGAUAUGACAAACUGCGCUACGAACUACCUCCCAGAACAGGUUGACACAUGGUGCUGUGCUAGCUGGUGCUAUGUUGAGAAGGAGUGCUCUUCAGCUAAACAGUCUUUGAAUCCGGGCAUGGAAGGGAUUCUGUUCUGGUCAGACAACGUCUGCGACGAUGAUCCAGCGUUGGUUGUCCAGUGCCCCUACAAACCACAGCCAGUGGUCCCGGAAGGUGAUACAUCAUGCAACUGCCUCGGCAUCACCAUGGACUCGGCAAAUUUGGCACGAGCUGGUCUCAGUGCCAACUAUGCGAACUAUGGGCAGCAAUGUGCUCCCCAUGAUGCCGACAUCUGCGAGAUCACGUACCCUAGAGCAAACCACGACAUGUGGUGUUGCACUUCCUGGUGCUGGGUGGAUGCAAGCUGUCCCACCUCGCGGGCAUCUACGGUAUGGCCGGGCCAUUUCUGGAGUACAGAGUCAUGUGAACUGAAUGCUGACGUGGUGUCGGGCUGCAAGUACAACUUGCAGGCCUGUGCAUGCCGCGGACAGCUACCAACUGGAUCUCUGCCGGACUCCUUUGCAGCCAACUACGGAAGCUCUUGCAAGGCUUGGGAUGACACCUCCUGCAAGGACACUUGGUACCACAAUCCAAUUGGUGAAUGGAACACCUCGGCUAACCAUGAAUGGUGUUGUGAUGCCUGGUGUUAUGUCAACGAAAGUUGCCCUAUUGCCAAACAGUCCUGGCUUGGCAUAGGCUUUUACUUCAGCUACGAGACGUGCGAUGAUCCUCCCGCGACCUACAAUGAAGGGACGGACACAUGUGAUGCGGUCAGUCGGAGGCUUGAGGAUGAGAACGAGCUCUCGCUGAUUGAAGAAAGUGAGCCCUCUCCUCGCCAGUUAUCCGCUCGGAGGAGAGGUGGCAGCAGUUGGGGUGGUGGCUUCAGUAGCCCCCGCAGGCGCUCGCCGCCAGCACCUCCGACCAAUCCGCGCCGGAGAUCCUAUUCUGCACCCUCCGCCUGGAGCCCACGCCGGCGAGCUCCAGUUACGCCCAGGCGCCGUGACGUUCGACGACGAGCACCUCCUCCUCCAGUGCCGGCUCCGGUGAACACACGGAGAAGGACCACCAGCAUCAAUGGGCAAACCUACACAACCAGCCCACGACGCCGUGUCAACGGAGCUGUAAUGCCGGCUCCGACCCCAUAUGGCUAUGCUAGCCGCCCACAACUCAUGAACAACUAUGGGGGCACCAUGCCCUAUCAAACCCCUUAUGGCUAUUCUGGCUACAAUGCUGUGCCUGCACAGUCGCGGCCGAAUGUUGCUAUGUAUGCUGUGGGCGGUGCUGUGGCAGGUGCUGUGGUGGGUGCUGGAGCCAUGUAUGCUUACAACAGCAUGUACGGCGAUGCCUAUGGAUAUGAUGUCUUCCGAAGGCGCCGUUUCCACGACUUCAGGAAUCCGGAUUACUGCAUUGUGACAGCUCCAGGGAGUCGGAACGGGGCUUUCAUGGAGUGUGACCAGUGCUAUCGACUCUACGGUUACUCCAUGUGCCCGUCUGCGCGGUCAUGCAACACACCGACUGGAUGCGCCUACACAACGCCGCAGUCAUUCAACCGCGAUGAUCUCGCCGCCACAGGCUUCAUUCCCAAAGAGUACGCGCCACCUUUGAAGGUGCUCUUCAAGAGCAUCAAUGGUUCCGGCAUUGAUACCGAUCCCUUGACAGGAAUAUGUCCACCAACUACCAGGGAACAGGCUGAGUUUGUGGAGAGCUUCAACAAGACUAUGUCCUUCAAACCAGACCUUUUCCUUGUCCUCACGCAGCAGCAGACCCUGAGGUCAGCUGCACCUUCGGGGUGUGACAGCGACACGAGUACUGCGUGCACCACUACAUGCUGGAUAGCCCAUAGCACUUGUGUGAACGGGGCGUGUAUGUGUCAAAGUGGAUAUUGCUGGAACGGAAAUGUUUGUUCACCACCGGGGUCCAUGGUCAGCGCAAGCUACCAGCUUCCCGAGUGGUUUUCUGCAUUACUUGCACUGUAUAUCUUAUCUCAUUGGAUGAUCUAA